AUGGAAUUUACCUUAAGAGUAUAUCGAUGGAUAAAUCUGAGUUUGAUUGCUUCGAUCACGAUAUGUUCUUUGAUCUCGACAUCAAGUGGGGUGUCGAGUAGCGAUAGGGAAGUUCUUCGUAUGGAUGGAGAUUUGAUAAUUGGAACUUUGUUUUCGGUUCACGCUCCACCGCCUACCGAGGUGGAAGCUACGGCACGACAGUGUGGUCGGGUACGGGAACAGUAUGGGAUCCAUCGAGUUGAAGUCAUGCUUCAUACCUUAGAGAAGAUCAACAAAGACCCGGCAAUCCUUCCUGAAGUGACUUUAGGCUGUGAGAUCCGAGAUUCUUGCUGGUAUUCAUCCGUAGCCCUUGAGCAGAGUCUUCAAUUUAUAAGCGAUAAUCUAGAGUCUGAGAGGUCGAGUAAGAAAGCUACCAAUCCAGAAUGCAGUGGGUCUCAAGAUGUCUCUAGGAAACAAAUCACAGCAGUGAUAGGACCAGGAUCUAGUGAAGUAGCGAUCCAGGUCCAAAAUCUACUUCAGCUCUUCAAUAUACCACAGGUAGCCUACUCUGCAACCAGUCGUGACCUCAGUGAUAAGACGCUCUACGAAUACUUCUUAAGAGUUUGUCCAUCUGAUACACUACAAGCACAAGCUAUGGUGGAUAUUGUACUGAGAUAUAACUGGACAUACGUUUCUGUGGUGCAUACAAUAGGUAACUACGGUGAGAGUGGAAUGCAGGCGUUUCGUGCCCUAGCUGAAGAACGAGGAAUAUGUAUUGCAGCAUCGGCUAGUAUCUCCAGUGGAUCUAAACCUUCUGAAUUUGAUAAGAUCGUUGAUACCUUGGAUAGCGCACCUACAGCUCAUGUUGUAGUAUGUUUCUGUGAGGGGAUCACUGUUACUAAGCUCUUAAAGGCCACACGAAGGAAAGAUAAGAUUGGCAAAUAUCUCGUCAUAGGAAGUGACGGAUGGGCAAAUCGUAAGGAAGUGGUACGGAACGUCGAGGAAGAAGCAAUAGGAGCUAUCUCCAUCAAACCCCACACCGAACACUACCAUGACUUCGAUUCAUAUUACUUUAAUCUACGUCCUGAAAACAAUACUAGGAAUCCAUGGUUUCGUGGAUUCUGGCAGGAGAGAUUCAACUGUCUCUUACCACCAUCAGAUAUAGAUCCACCCAUAUCAACAUUCCAUCUAGAUUCACCAUCCAACUGUACAGGUGAGGAGAGUCUUGAGGAUGGUUAUAACCAAGAUACCAAGAUGAGCUUCGUAGUUAAUGCUAUCUACACAGUAGCCUAUGGAUUACAUAAUCUACAGCAGAGGAUCUGUGGUGUUGGUACGGUUGGUUUAUGUCCUGAGAUGCAGCCUAUAGAUGGUCGUGAAUUACUUGAUGCUUUAUUCAAUGUUUCAUUCGUUGGUAUGUCAGGAGAUCAUAUUAAGUUUGAUGAAGAUGGAGACCCACCUGGGAAGUACGAUAUCUAUAAUUUCCAGCGAUCGUCAGACGGCAGGUCCUAUAAUUACGUCACAGUAGGGGCUUGGGAAGAUGGCAUUCUUACUUUGAAUGAUUCUAUCAUGAUGUGGAAUAAUGGAUCAGACAUUACUUCUAGGUCAUUCUGUAGUCAACCAUGCCCUCCUCAUCAUGCAAAGAACAUUCGUGAUAAUGUCAAGUGUUGUUGGGCCUGUGUACCUUGCAAGGAUAAUGAAUACAUGCUCGAUGAGUAUACAUGUAAGUCAUGUGACAGAGGAUGGUGGCCAAAUUCACAACUGAACGAUUGUUACGAGAUCAAGGCUGAGUACAUGAAAUGGCAUGAGGUUCAAGCCAUAGCUGCCAUGUGCUUCUCCUGCGUGGGAAUCCUCAUGACUAUCUUUGUAACAGUCACCUUCAUACGCCAUAACGAUACCGCACUCGUUAAGGCAUCUAGUCGAGAGAACAGCUAUAUCCUCCUAUCUGGUAUUUACUUGUGCUUCCUUGUGACUUUUCCCUACAUCGCGAAACCAUCGACAGUUGUCUGCUACUUCAGACGUAUUGGGUUGGGACUAAGCUUCUGCAUCUGCUACGCGGGACUCGUCGUCCGGACCAACCGUAUGGCUCGAAUCCUAGCAGGCAGCAAGAAGAAGAUCUUGACGCGGAAGCCUCGCUUUCUUGGAAGCACGGCGCAGGUCGUGAUGACAUUCGGCGUCAUCAGCUUCGAGAUCGGCAUCAUUGUGGCAACCUUGGUUCUGGAAAGACCUGCAGCUAUCCUGAACUAUCCAGACUUACGUCGGGUCCGUCUCAUCUGUAAUACCACUACAUUCGGGUUUGCAGCACCAUUAGGUUAUGACGCGCUGCUCAUUUCACUCUGCACACUAUAUGCCUUUAAAACCAGAAACCUACCAGAGAAUUUCAAUGAAGCAAAAUACAUCGCAUUUACCAUGUACACUACGUGUAUAGUGUGGUUAGCCUUUAUUCCUCUCUACUUUGGAAGUGAUUUGAAAGAGAUCGUAGUUUGUUUUGCAGUCAGUCUCAGUGCGACUGUAACCCUAGGAUGUUUGUUUUUUCCUAAGACAUAUAUUAUCCUUUUGAAACCUGAGAGAAACCGACGUAGUUCAAUGACGACAUCUAACCUUGUUCGUAUGCACGUUGGGAGCUUCAGUGAAUUAGCUCCGUGCCGAAGUAACAGCAGUAGCAAUGGCACUAUGGACGGAUGCAACGAAAAGCUCCUGGGAGGCGAGAGAAACGCUGUUGGAGUGAGGGGAAACCGCAAGAAGAAUAGCCCUUUGUCAGGUUCGUCUCAUCGAGACAAAUCGCGAGAGAGAAACCGGGACAGGUCUCCUGGGAUAUUCUCAGCACUUCGGAGAAGAAAGAGACCAAACAAUACCAAACACAUGAAGGCUGUACAAAGGGAUAGACUACUUUCAAAACGAAAACAACCUCUUUAUCGGUAUGGGAAUUCAACCAACGUGACGCCAUCCUCUCACCAACACCCCUCACCCGUUGAAGAAGGAGAUAGUAGUAUGGAGAAAGCAUUGGAAGAGAGAUUAAGUAGGGCUGAGGAAGCUAGUCGAGCCAUGGGGUGCUUAAAACCAUCAAGGACAGUACAGGGUCGGGAAGGAGAUGUGAAGAAUGAUGUACAUUCACAAUCAGCAUUAGAUGUUGAAAUGGAGGUACCAGUAAGGAGGAGCAGUGGAACAAUCAACCAGGGUCAAAGGUCAAUUAUGAAAAAUUCGCAAUCUAAUGAAAGGACAUGUGCAUCAGGAGGGUGUAUGAAAGCACCUUCUGGUUCUAGAAUAUCCAACCCACGUCCACCGCUUGGACAGGGAUCAUCUACUUCAAAGGGCGCAGUGGGACAAAGCGAUUCUAAACCUCAGGCUCAUGUUCUUCCGCUUAGAGUUCGACGCUCAUUUAGCGAUGAAACCAUUAAUAAGAAACAAUGUUUAUCACGACCAUCAUCAUCAACCAACACUGGGGGUGAUUCCAGAUUCCUAGGUGUUGAUAGACAACAACAUACACACACCGCUGGCGGUUCUUUUAACCAAAUUUACCCUGAUCUUCUCCAAGUGUUACCGACGACUGAUGCUGGGUCGUCUCCAGGGGCUCCCUCCCGCGGACAGCGAACUGAUGAAGGUCAAAGCAACAAUCCCUCGAGCGAUCGCAUUCACACGCAAAGCGAUGUUUUGCCGUGCGAAAGUGUGAAAAGAAGUGUCCGUUUUGACGAGAGAACGCUCGCAGAAGGUGAUGAUAGUCUUGAAUCAGGUGACACUCGCAACAUUGAUUUGUCUCUAUGGAGUGAGGGUGAUCAUGUUGUUACAAUACCCAAUGAGAUUCUUGGUGUUCUCACUUCUAUCAAAUCAUCGGAUGUAUGACAUCCAUGGAAAUUAUUGAUAGUCAUGAUUUUGUUGCGGUCGAGCAAAUGUUUUAUUGUUUUAUCUGACAUAUCUUUUCCUCUGAUUUAUUCGAUAAAGUUAUAUAUGGUUUAUCGUAUCGAACCUAUUCUUUUAAUUUAUUUCGAGUUCAUAUUCAGUUUUUAAGAAAAAGAGAAGCGGUAAAAACAAGAAUUAGAUUGUUCAUAUUGACUGAAAAAAGGAGUUUAAGAAUGAGAACAAUUAAAUAUUUGUGAUGCUGAAAGUACGAAAGCAUACAGACAUCAAAAAUUCUAACGUAUAUUGUAUAAUGCAUUUGUCUUUUCCUAAAUAGAAGUGUAACACAUCAUGAUGAAAAAAAUUAAUUUUUACCAUUCAAAAAUCACUUUCAUCACAUUUAUUGAUGCUAAACUUAGGUUCUUUCAUAAUAUGAUAUGUUUGUACUUAAACCACCACAUCAAGAGUAUAUGUCUUUAUUUCACUCUUCAGGUAGUAAGCUAUACCUGCAUUUAUCAUGCUUUGAUUAUAUCGAAUUUUUACUAAGGAUUGUAAAUAAUUUCAAAUCUUUUUGUAAGAUUCACUUGACUUUCUUUAUUUCUCUGUUCAUCAGCCAUCAGCUAUGUUUACCUUUCGUAAUAUUAAUUUCAUAAUACAUUUCAAAGCAAGAUGAUCAAGAUAACAAGGGUUUUUUUUCGUAAAAAGAAAUAGGAUUUAGUGGUAUACCAUUAUUAUUCUGUUAUGCUAGUAUACCCAUCCAUGAUUACUGUAAAUAUUAAUGGUAUUAGUGAUAUCACUCCAGAAAAUGCACUUUUUCAUAAUCAUAACUCCUCUACGUGCUACAUCUUUAACUAAAUCGAUAUCGAAGGUCUGAGGAAGUUUUCAACCUCGCAAGUGAAAUCUUACCAAAACAGAUGCAUGUAUUAAAAAUUGCAUGAUUUCAUCUCAUUCAUGUUUAUAUUUACCACCAGUUUACAGUACUAGCUCUGGUGUGACGUUAAAAAUAAUGAAUGUUUGACCAGAGUAUAAUCCAUAUUAUAUUGUUUUAACAAUCAAUUUUGCCGUGAUGGUUGACUGCCUUCCGAAUUGCAGACCACUCUGAUAUGACUUCUUAAUACCUAACCAAUGAAUGACUGACUAACCGACUGACUACUGACCAAAAACUGAUCCAUUUACAGACUUAGUAACUGACUGACUAAAAAAUAGAAACUGACUAAUGUACAGAGUACUAACUGACUGGCCAACUUAUAGAAUGGCUAUCGAUUCAGGCUACUGCCCCACUGACCGAAUAACUUACAUGAUUACUAAAUGAUCUAUGCAUGUACAGACUAGCUGACUGACUUUAAAAAAAUGACUAACGAUAUUAAGACUGACCGAUCGACUGCCUUACGGAAUGACUGAUUGAUCUAUGUACAGACUGACUAACUACUAGAAUUACUAACCACUCACACACUCACUGACUGGCUAUCGUUACGGCUAUCGGUUCCAUGUAGGUCUACAGUCUUAAUGAUAUAAACGAACAUUAUUGGACAGACUUGACCGACGGACAUAAACUUACCAAUCAAUAACAGACUCAUUGAUUUAUAGUAUACCCAGUGGUUGUGUGUCCAGACAGGUUGUGUGUCCGGACAAUCAAAUUUAGAAAGUCAUUUGGAAAAAAAUUACAAGCGAAGUUUCAUCAAUUUUUAGUACAAAAUGUUAGGAAAUAUUAUAGAG